AUGGGUUUUCUGAAUUUUGUAUUCAGAUAUUCGAUCCUCCACAUUUCCAUUCUCGCCCUAUCAUUCACCAUCCACAGUCUCCUCCUCGUCAAAUCACAAGAACCACCUCUGUUUACACAAUCUCCGCCACCACCGCCUCCUCCACCUCCUCCUCCACCACCUCCUCCGCCGCCGCCACCACCACCUGUUGUCAAUGUUACAGACAUUUCUCCACCACCGCCUCCAGUCAGAGAGAUAAUAGAGCCUCUGUCUUCGCCUCCUCCUCCACAGCGGAAACCGAAGUCAGAAUCCCUUCCACCGCCUCCUGAGCCACGGCGGUUUGGGUCUCCGGAGAAAUCUAAGAGAGUUGGAUUAAACAAAGGGAAGACGGUGGGAAUAGUCUUUGCUGGGUUAGUAACAAUGUUGCAAGUCUUUGUUGUUGCCUUCUUGGUUUUUAAGAGAAGACAGCUUCUCAGAAUGAAAGACACUCACUGA